AUGGAAUAUCCCAUUGUGCCCAAUGGUAAUAACUGCAAUAGCAACAGCUGUACUGGUAAUUCUGGUGGUGGUCUCAAUUCAGUUUAUAAAGGGAAAUCAGUUAGUCAGAAGUUGAUGGAAUUGUAUCAAGAAGAGCUUCAAAGGCAGCCUGAAGAUGAACCCCUUUGUUAUGCAACUCACUUACUUGCAAAACUGGUGAAGAGAGACCGGCUUAAUUGCUUGGUGCUGAAUCUCUACCCUGCCAAUGAGGGUUAUUCCCUCAUGUUGAAAGGGCGAAAUGGAAUGGAAUCGGAAACGAUAAAACUUCCUUAUGAGGAAAGUGAAUUACUGGAAUAUAUUGAUGCCUCAGAAUUGCCUCCAAUACUGGUUGAUAUUCUGGAAAAAGCUCAAGUGAAUGUCUUCCACAGCGGUUGUGUCAUAGUGGAAGUAAGAGAUUAUCGACGCUCCAGCAAUGGGACCUACGACAGUGAAUAUAUUAUGUUGAAACCCACUAUGCAAUCUUUGUUAUGUGAUAUAAAUAGUUUGACAAAUGAUGGACAUCGAUGGACACAAGAAGAUGUCUUCCAACUGGAGAGCCAGCUACUUCUGGCCACUCAAGAUCCACUUUGCCUUGACCCAAACCCUGCCAUAUUCUUUGCUAUGAAUCAUCAGCAAUAUGAAAAUAAGAAGUUCAAUGAUCCAGCACUUCGGCAGUCGGUUAAGAAAUACUCACAAGCUGCUGUGAAUAGAAAACGGAAAUUUGCUAAAGCACCUGCCCCUAAGGAAUUGCGGCUUUUGGAUUUUAUUAGCCGGAAAAGGCUUCGUAAAGGAGCUGGUGCUAUUAAACCAAUUCCAGAUUCUCGGAAUUACAAACCUCCAAACUUGUCUCCACCACAAAACAUUGAUGUAGACAAGUAUGCCUCUGAAAAACCAAUGGAGAAAAAAACUGCAGACAAUAAUCUUUCAUUGGUUGAGGAACAUAUUCUUGAAGUAGAACUAGCAGAAGGACAAAAAGAAGUUACACGUAUUGCUUUUUUGCAAAGGUUGUCAGAUGAGAUUUAUUUUGGAGAACAAUCAGAUGGAAACAUGAAAGGGGAAAAGUGCAGGUUUCAAUUGGGUACAAGAGAAAAUGUUGAUAAGUAUUUUGAACAAUUUAAAAUGCUGUUCGUUAAAAAUUAUUCAACCGCUAUCCAAAAUGUUGUGGUCAGCACCAAUCGUCCAAAUGCAUCUCCUCAGGUCAGUUUCAUUAAUCCAGCAACAUGCAGCAGUCCACUUAGCACCAUGUCUAUGCCCAUGAAUCAGGAGACAAAUAAUCAAGGAAUAGUUACUCGAAAAGGAUCAUCCCAGCAUCUAUCUGUUUCUGUGGGAUCAUCUGGAAAUUCUGCUCAACAGAACACUGUCAGUCCAAGCACACCUGCCAUCAGUCCUGGUGUUGGAAACACAACUGCCUCAUCUCAGCAGUCUACAAACUCUCAGUCCCAGUCUCACAGUGGACAGUCCCAAAAAGGACGACAGCAUGCAAUUUCUAACUCUAGUCCAAGCCCAGUGUCUAGUAAUAAUUCACAGCACUCUAGUAGCACAUCUUUGUCUGCCUCAAGCCAACAGUCAGGACCACCUAGUCAGAAGACCCCCACCCCUACACCUACACCACCACCAGCUCCAACACCUACUCCACCCCUUAACACUAUCCGUCGUCCAAGUACUACAAGUGAAGCUGUUACUGUACAGUCACAGAACCCUUUACAACAAAGUGCCAAUCAAAUGGCAUUUCUAACAAGUAGUGACAGUGCUGCCACUUCCGCUGCCCUCAGCCAAGCUGCUGCAGCAGCUGGCCUAACAUCAGGCAUCAAUAUUGCCAACCUGGCCAGCUUGCCACCCAAUCUCAAUAUCCAAAACCUUCCUGCUACUGGACUCAAUAUUGCCAACCUCCCAGCCAUUUCAAAUAUGCAAGUUUCAUUGACUGGUGGAAUUGUCCCGAUUACUAUGAUCAACAACAACACAGGGCUCCUACAAAAUCAGUCUGCUUCAUCAUUGUCACAACCAGCACUUGUAACUAUGGUUACCUCCCUUCCUCAGACAACUUCCACUCCAACCACUGUCAACAGCAAUCCAGUCACAACACAAGUUGCCAUGACAUCAGGAAUGUUUACCAAUUCUGGCUCCAUGCUCCCCAUCCCCAUCGAUUUGAGUCAGUUGAUGCCUGCUGGACUGAAAGGGGCUGCACAAAACCUGAGACCCCCAUCUAUGCCUGUAAUGCAGCUCCAGAACCAGCAACCAAUCCAAUUGCUGAAUCUGUCACAACAGAGAGGCACUUUACCUGCCCUCCAAGUAACUCAAGCGCAAACAACUUCAGCCACCACACAGAACAGCCGCAAUACCCCAACCACCCCAACUGGUAUUUCUGUUAAUUCCACAGCCUUUUCACAGGUGCCCAUCCAAACAGGCAAGUCCAGCCAACUGCAAGGAAGUAGCAGUGGAGCUGCAUCCAGCAGUGGGAGUUCAAGCAGUUCUCAGCAGUCCACAGGAUCUCAACUGCAAUUCCAUCAGCUCCAAUACAAACAUCCACAGUCCAGCUCAUCUUCACAGCAAUCAAGCUCAGGGUCCAGUAAAUCAAAGAGCAAAAAGAGGGCUACGCCCACACCACCAAAAUCCUAA